GUCCAACAUGGCGGCGCCAUGGCGGCGGCGAGCGGCGGCUCCGUGACGCGGCGGCUGCUCCGGGGCGUCUCCCGGAGCCUCAGCGGCGGCGGGCGCCGCGGCCGAGGAGCCCGAGGCUGCCGUGUGGGUACCGGGGACACCUUUCCGGGCCGGCGGGACCGGAAGCGAGUCCCGGUGCUGAGUCCGGUGUCGUGUGUGUGUCGUCCCCCCCCCCCCCCCCCCGCCGCCGCUUUCCGCAGGGUUAACGUCGUGUUCGUGGACCGGGAGGGGCGGCAGGUGCCGGUGCGCGGCAGAGUCGGGGACAACGUGCUGCACCUGGCGCAGCGGCACGGGCUGGAGCUGGAGGGCGCCUGCGAGGCCUCCCUGGCCUGCUCCACCUGCCACGUUUACAUCAGCGAGCCCCACCUGGGCCGGCUCCCGGCGCCGGACGAGCGGGAAGAGGAUCUGCUGGACCAGGCGCCGCUGCUCCAGGAGAAUUCCCGCCUGGGCUGCCAGGUCCUGCUGAGCCCCGCGCUGGAGGGGGCCCGCAUCGUCCUGCCCAGGGUCACCCGCAACUUCUACGUGGAUGGACACGUCCCAAACCCCACUGACCCCGGGAGGGGCACCCCCGGACCCCCCCGGACCCUCCAAGGAAGGGGGGGCCCCCCCCAAAAAAAAAAUUGAUCCCUCCUUCCUCAUCCAAGGUCACCCCCAAAUUCGGGGAUGCGUCCCCAAACCUCCCUGAGCCCGGGGGGGGCAACCCCAGACCCUCCAAGGAAGGGGGACCCACCCCAAAAAUAAUUAAUUCCAGCUAUCCAAGGUCAUUCCCAAAUUUGGGGACGCAUCCCUGAACCCCCCUGAGCCCGGGGGGGGCACCCCCGGACCCUCCCAGUAGCGGGACCCCCCCCCAGGAGGGUGGGGGGUUCAACCUGGGGGGGUUUUAGGGUGACCCCCCCCCGUAUUCCCGGGAUUCUGGAUUCGGGAUAACGAGCGUUGGGUCGUUAAUAACAAAUUGGUCUCGUCUGUGA